AUGUUUUCACAACGCCUGAUAGCACUGUUCCUGCUACUGGUGGCGGUCAAUUCGUUGACGAUACCCGAGUUCUUCAGACUCUCCAACGACGAACGCGAGGCACAACAGAACAACAUAAUACAGCAUCACAUACGGCAGCUCGCUGGUGUUUUCAAGAGGGAUGAAGAGGCCAAAAAUACUUACAUCAAUUCUACGACACCGGCUGCUUAUUACGCAACCACCGACUCGGACUCGUCCUUGUCGUACCACACAUCUCUCGACCAGGAGUCGGGUUUUGAUUACGCGUCUGUGUCGACUGCUUCCGAUUAUUCAUGGACUGAUUCUGCAGAGCCAACAGCCACAGACAGCGCGAGCACAAGCGAGUCUUCAAAGCCUCAAGCUUAUUUCGCAAGAUCUUCUUCUAGUGUUAGUUCGGGUUCCAGUUCGACUGUGACUUCAAGGUCAAGUUCGAGCUCAAGUUCGAGUUCGAGUUCGAGUGCAAGUUCUAAAACGUCUAGUUCUGAUGUCACUGGCACAGAUUCUAGCUCUAGCUCUAGCUCUGAGGCUACCACUGAUGCGGAUUUUAGUUCUAGUCAAACUUCUAGUUCUGAUGCCACCACCACUGGCACAGAUUCUAGCUCUAAAUCUGAGACUACCACUAACACGGAAUCCAGUUCUAGUCAGGAUACUAGCUCUAGUACAGACCCUGCUUCUAGCGCCACUUACACAUAUUCAUCGCCGGCUUACACAUAUUCAUCGCCAGCUUACAAAACCACGGCAUAUGCCUCGACUACCUCUGGAGACGACACUAGCUCAAGCGUGUCAACUACCGGCAACGAAGAAUCCUCAACUUCUUCAAGUUCACUACCCAGAGGACUUUACUUGGCUGGCUCUGGAACAGCCACAGCCACUGACGAUGACAUAACGUCCACUUCGGAAGGUUCUUCAUUACAAACUGGUACAGAAGCAGAAGAUGAUGUGUCUAGUUCUAGCACAAUCUCUGCGAGCUACACUGAUAGCGUUUCUACAUCUUCGGAUUCUGUUACUGGUGCGACUACGUCUGCUUCGAUAUCAGCUUCGGAUUCGUCCACAGAUCUUUCUAGCGACUCAGAGGUUUACUCGUCACCCUUGCCUUACAGCUACUCAACGGCCACCAAAGUCACCUCGAGUGCUCCCGCUUCUGGAUCUUCAUCAACGGAUUCGUCAUCUGAUGCUUCAAGCUCAUCUCUAGAUUCGAGCACCAUCACUGGCGGUGGAUCCAGCUCGGCAACAGUUAGCUCGACUGCUUCGACUGCUUCUAGUUCAGGAACUGAUAGCUCGACUUUUACUUCUGAUUAUCCAGAACUUUCCAGUUCAUCAAGUGUGCCAACGGCGACAUCUGCGGAAUCAUUGCCGAUUUCAACCGAAAUCGCUUCCUCGACCUUGUCAUCAACGUCGUCGCCUCUUCCAACAAUUACUGCUACUACCGCGAGCUCUUCAGAGAUCGUGUCCUCAUCCGCUGAUUCAGUCUCUUACUCUUCCGCGGAAUUCGACCCAUCUGAGUCUGUAUCUAUGCCUGUCUCCGAGACGUCAUCAGAUAUCUCAUCAGAGACUUCAUCGCAGUUUUUGUUGUCUCCGUCUGAAUCCUCAACUAUCCUGAUAACAUCAUCUUCGUCAGCAGCCGUUCCGAUUAUCACAUCUGCUCUGAACGAAACGGACAGCUCUGCGAGUGUUACAGGAACAGCUGCGGCCUCUACCAGUUCUACUUUGUCUUACACACCCGCAGAGCCUGAUAUCUUCUCUACAACAGCGUCUAACGGAACUGCUGCUUUGCCUAAGAGUUUGACCUCAUCUGUGACGGAUUUGUCCGGUAAUACUGGAACUACGACUCUUUCAGAAUCGUCGACUGGUACAGUUACUUCUGCAUUUUCUUCCAGCAACACUAUUAUUUCAACUGGAUCGAUGCAGUUCACCACUGGAACAAUUCCAACUGUGACCGGUCAAUCUGCAUUGACAGCUUCGACCGCUUAUACCAUUCCAGGUUCGAAGGUGACUACCACUGCUUCGUCUAACUGGUUGCCCCAAUCGAUCAUCUUCCAAACGCAAGAUGCUGCGACGACCACUGGAACCGGAACUACCUCAGCAACCACAUCGGUGUACACCAGUGCUCUCCCAAAGGCAAUUACUCCAGCCGAAACACAGGUUCCUGACGCUGAAUAUAUGUUGAUCUCAGUCGGUUUCAAAAAGGGCUUGAACUAUCCAUUUGUUGUGCAAAGUUCACUUUCAUCGGCGCAGGUAUUUGAGUAUCUACCUGGAGUGAUCACCUUUCCAUUUGCCUCGAGUGAAUACGAUCUCUCUUCGAUUGUGGUGAAACAGUUGGUUCCAUACACUGCAACGGAUGUGGACUACAUUAUCACUGUUGCUGAGAUUUAUUUCGUGAAAGACCUGGUCGCUGACUUACAGAAUUACAUCAGUAACGUCACAUCCGAACUGUAUGCCAAUACUGACGAGACCCAGAGUGCGUUAGCGCAGUUAAUUGAUUGCCAGGUUCCAUUGACGGGAUUGAUUGGAAACACGACGCCUUCCAGUUCCACUUCUUCAUCGCCUUCAGGCGAUGCCGAGGCUGCUUCUUCAUCAGAGGCCUCUGACGACGAAUCCUCCAGUAGCGCUGACCUUAGCAACGGAUCUGGUUCCAUCGACGGAGAGAGCUAUGCCGCUACAGCAUCGGGAUUUGCCUCAUCUGGAGGACGUGUCACUGGAGUUGUUAUUGGCUCGGUAGUUGGUGUGUCUGCCUACGUUGCAUUCUUGAUUUUGUUUUACCGGUCGAAGAGAGCGAAGAAGAUGGCGGCCCUCAACGAAUACCACCAGGACAACCGUGGUUUGCUCCAAGAAGACAAUUACAGUCAUUUGAAUUCUACGGAGUCUUCUAAUGGCUCUCUUCACCAUCCCACUGGAUCUAUCAACCAUCCAAUUGGAUCGCGGGUGUCUUUGGCAGAUGGCUCUUCAUACGGACUGGGUAGGAUGUUCAGAUCUGGCUCUGUGACAGCCUCUUCAAAGGAGAUGUCUCAGACGAGUACUUACAUUCCAGCCAUCAGUCAGCCGGUUGCUUCUGCAAACUCUCUAGGUUGGUGA